AUGUGCCCCGGUGUGGCUGCGGUUGCUGCCAACAAGAGCCCAGCCCUCAUUGCAGCAUUCACGGCUCUUCUGAGAUGGCCUGAUGUUGCCCUAGCAUCAAGAUUCGUCACAGGCUUCGCAUUGCUUGGUGAUGUGGAAGUGCCACACAUCUUUAGGCCGUUUGAUGUGACCCGUAAACCGCCCGAAUCACAACUGGGACUCCAAGCCAAGCUCGGUCAGGAUGCAGACGAGAGCAACUGUCGCGUGGCAAGGGCCCUCAAAGAGACAGAGCAUUCAUCCUUUCUCACGGAGUUCACACGUAAAGAGAUAGCUGAGGGCAUCGCAAGAGGCCCUUUUACUAAACAGGAGCUCGACGCUCAGUACGGUAAAGGUGAAUGGCUCGCCAUGCCAAGAUUCGCUCACGUGCAAGGCUGCGGAAAAGUCAGACCCAUCGACAAUGGGAAGGCAGCAGGGCACAACAGCUUCAGUUGGUCAGAUGAAACGAUCUACACGUCAUCUCCAGACGCAGUGGCAGGUGCUGCCCGCAAGUUCGCCAAACUCAUGGACAGUGAAGGCAUGCCACCAUGGUGCCAACUUGUUUUCGGAUCAGACGACAUGUCGUCCGCGUACCGACAGGUCCCUAACUGGCCAGACGAGGCAUCGGGCUUAGUCGUAGCGUGGUGGGAUGUUCAGGUCGGAGGUGUUUUGUAUGCCGUUCUUAACGGCCACCCGUAUGGCCUUGCAACAGCAGUUGUCAACUUCUGUCGCAUUCCCGCCUUGACGACCGCUGUUAGUCGUAGACUUCUUGCCAUUGCGGCAGUGUCGUAUUUUGAUGACACGGGCACAUUAGACACAGUGGCAGCCGCUGGAUCAGGUCAGGAAGGAGUGGCUCUGGUGCACAGUCUUUGUGGCUUUCGCUUGGAUCCCGGCAAGCAGCAGCCUAUGGCAGUUCAACGGUUGUUCUUAGGCGUACUGUUAGACUUUUCACAGAUGCGAGAGAAUGGCUUGAUGCAUGUAGACCUCAAACCAGGGGCGAGAGAGCAACUGGCUGCCGAGGCCAAUGCCUUGCUCGAGCUCGGAGUUUGUUCCCCAGCGCAGGCGGCCAAAUUGAGGGGCAAAUUCUCGUGGUCGUCAUCAGCUGUCUUUGGGAGGAUUGGUAGAGGGGGUCAAGGUGCUUUGGUGGACCGUCAGUACAAGGAGUCAGAUUGCCUUGGUGGAGUGCUGUUUACGCCAGGGGCACAGAAGGGGUAUGCCACGACUGUGCCACAUGAGGUGAUUCAGGCUUUCCUCCCCCGUGAAACUCAGAUUAGUCCCUUGGAGGCCCUGGCAGUGCUGCAGAUGACGCUGCUGUUCCAGCAGGACCUGGCGAAUAGGGACGUGAUAUGGUGGAUUGACAAUACUAGUGUAUGCAGUGGCCUCAUCAAAGGCGCAUCCACCGCAUCAGACUUGGCGCAACUCACGCUUGUCAUCAACCUGUUGUGGGCAUCCAUAGGGUGCCGAGUCUAUGUUGACUACGUGCCUUCCGACAGCAAUGUCGCUGACGGUUUGAGCCGCGAUGCCUUGCAGGACGCGUGGACACAGGCCCAGCAAUGGGACCUGCAGCAGGCACAUUGCGUGCCGUGGCACCUCUACAGUAGGGAUCCACUGCACUUUGUUCCGGUCAGGUUGUUUCGUUGGAGCUCUUCCUGUUUGGUUUGUUUCAUUGGAGGCACCGGGCUAUUCAAGCACCGCAUUGUGCGGUAUGUGGCGGACCGAAUCUGA